CCAAGACAUUUUGAACAAUGACAUGCUCCCAACUUUGUGUGAACAGUCAGGGAAUGGUCCCUUCUUGUUCCAACAUGACUGUGCACCAGUGCACAAAGAAAGAAAAAUAAAAACAUAGAUGAGAGAGUGUGGUGUAGAAGAAUGUGACUGGCCUGCACUGAGUCCUGACCUCAGCCUGAUAGAACACCUUUGGAAUGAAUUAGAGCAGAGACUAUGAGCCACGCUUCAUGCCGCUUCCUUGCCACAAAGGCACAGGGACCCCCCAGGCAGGAUAAACCCUAUUGCUGUGAGGUGAUACCACUGCAUCACCGUGUUGCCUCCAAUGAAGUUAAUUUUUAAAAUUGUAACAAUUCAACAUUGAAUUUAAUUUCCAAGUCAUCUGGGUUUGAUGUUAAAACCUGAAUAAUGCAGGUUUAUUUUUGCACUUUGUGUAAUUUAAAAAAAAAAUGUGCUCAGCACACUUGUUGUACUGUAAUGUAAAAUUACUUUUCAGUGUGCAUUUGUUCAAUUAGUUGUAUGACCAUGUUUGUAUGUGUUUCGACCUGCACAAGGUGAUGCCACAAGGUGGUGCACUUGUGGUACUUUGAGUUUAUUUAUAUUAAAUGUAUGGGGGAAAAAACAUCUCACAGCUAUGAGUGUGUUAAGCUAUACAUGUCUGUAAUUUUCAUGUCACAAUUAAUAAAGUUUUCAAUUUAAAUACAUAGAAUAAUUAUUGUAGACCAUCUUUCAGGUUAGAAGACUGAUAACAAAUUAUAUUGUGCAUACAGUGUCAUGUGAUCUACUUUGCUUUCUAGGGCUAGGUAGAAGGUGUGUCUAUGAAUGAGCUUUGAGUCAUGAGGAGUCAGAAACACCAGUAGUUUAGUCAUAGAGAGGAAGCAGGUUACUUUUUCAGCUUUUUCUUGAUAUAAUCCGUUGAAUUUCUGAUAACAAGAAACAACAACAAAAAAAAAUGUUGGAAAAUACAGAAGAGGAUAUGGAUACAUCUGACACCCCUGGGUGCUGGUAUUACCUGGCUGACUAUGGACAGUGCAGCCAGUUUGAGAAACAACAAAAAAUGGGGGAAAAUACAGAAGUGGAUAUGGAUACAGCUGACACCCCUUGCUGGUGGUAUUACCUGGCCGACUGUGGACAUUGGCACCGGUUUGAGGAUGACCACAAUCUCACCUUUAGCAGUGAGGAUGUUGACACGUUUUACCUGAAAAACUCCAAGGAUAUUUUAAACACAUCUUCUUUCAGUUACAGGAUUGAUUUCUCUGAAAUGCUACUGACAGACCUCACCGCACGGAGGCAAAAAAGAAUCAAGAGGAGCUACAACACUGAAAAAAGGUGUUCCUGUUUCAGCCUUGCUCCUGUUUUCUGGGAAUCGUUUGAUCCCGAUUGUCCAUAUCAGUUAAUUCCUCUGAGUGCACACUCCCCCGAGUAUCAGACAGUGGAACAUUAUGUAAAGACUGAUGGGCUGUUGGACAGAACCAUUCUGUCAAUCUACAGGAUACAGAAUUUGGAUCUUUGGGAAUUAUAUUGCAGGAAAAAGAAACAGCUGAUGAGGAUUCAAGGCAUCAAAGAAAUUCAAGAAAGACGACUCUUUCAUGGGACUGAUAUCAAAAAUGUGGAUUACAUUUGCAAGUAUAACUUUGAUGUAAGGUUAGCUGGACAACAUGGCAACAUAUUUGGCAAAGGAAUUUAUUUUGCCAAACAUGCAACAUAUGCCGACAGAUACAGUAUGAGCAGCUCGGAACCACUGCCGGUAUAUGGUGGGAAAGCACAACUUGUACACUCUGGAAAAACUAAAAUUAUAUUUUUGGCUCGUGUGAUGACUGGAAAACCAGUUGCUGGACAAUCUCAUUUCCAAAAGCCCGAUCAUGGGAGUCCCGAAAACUUGCAUGACAGCUGUGUUAAUGAUGUCUCUCGUCCUAAAAUUUUUGUCAUUUUUGAUUCAAAUCAAAUAUAUCCGGAGUAUGUGAUUCAGUACAGCUGAGCGCAACAUGUGCAAGAUCAACAUGGCUACCUCAAACGGUACACUUGAAGCACAACUCCUGAUGGCUUCGAUGAAGUUUUUACAGCAUUUCAACUACAUUUUUAACAUUUUUAGACAAAUUUAAAGUAAACCAGGUCAUUUUCAGCAAGACAAUCAGUCAGCAAAGUUAUCUUUACAUUUCAUUACUUUGGAUCAGAAGUACUAAUAAAAAUGAGUUUACUUACCAGGUGCUACUGCUUAGUAUUAGAAUAGUUGAAUAUAAUACUUGUGAUCAUGUAAUGUAGAUUCCCAUCUAAUUUAUUUCUAUUUAAUUUAGUAAUAAUAUAGCUUCAUAAAUAAAUAAAUACGCCAGCAGAACCAAA